GCUGUCUGCGGUGCGCGAGCAAGUGGUGCUUGCAGUGCGUCAGCAGUACGUGGUCUUGGGUAAUCAGCACGUGAGUCUACGGCCAGGUGACGAGGUCGCUGUAAUUCCUCCGCUCAGCGGUGGCUAAUCCUUCAUCUCAGUUAUGAAUGACCAUGACAGAGGUCCACAGGACCUUAUCAAACUCACCACUGACAAGCUCUCAAUUGAUGCUGUAUCUGAGGCUGUGUUGUGUGCAUCCUGUGGAGCAGUCUCCAUUUUCAUUGGCACCACAAGGAACAAUUUUGAAGGAAAGAAGGUUGUUCAACUAGAAUAUGAAGCUUACAUUCCAAUGGCAGAGUCACAACUGAAGAAAAUAUUCUGUGAGAUAAGGGAACGAUGGUCAACUGUGAAACAUAUCUGUGUUCAUCACAGACUGGGUGUUGUCCCAGUAACCGAAGCCAGUGUCAUCGUCGCCAUCUCCUCACCUCACAGGAGUGAGUCUCUAGAGGCAGUUGCAUACUGCAUCAAUGCACUGAAAGCAAGUGUUCCCAUCUGGAAAAAAGAGGUCUAUGAAACUGAAGAUUCCACUUGGAAGGAGAACAAGGAAUGUCUGUGGGCUGAGGGUCUGCUCAAGUAAUGUGUCAACCAUUAACCAUCCUGGAAUUUACAGCCCUGUAUGUUUACAUUUAGAAUUAAAAUGAUUAGAAAAUAUAAUUGUAUGUUACUAAUCUGCUAUCAAUUUUACCACUGUGACCUUAUAACAUAAAUAAAUAAAAGGAUCAGCGGUUUGUUUUGAA